CAAGCCAUGCUGUGCUGGCUGCGGGGUUUCCUGCUGCCCUGGGCGGCGUGCCAGAGUGACUACGACCAGCUGGCCUACGAGAUCCUCUUCGAAGACCUGGACCACAAUGGGGACGGCGUGGUGGACAUUUUGGAGCUCAGGGACGGGCUGAGGAACUGGAGCUCCUCCUUCGGCGGCGACACCGAGAAGGAAAUUUUUGAGGCUGCAGAUGCCAAUGCUGAUUCAAAAUUGGACUUUGAAGAAUUUGUGCAGUACCUUCAGGACCAUGAGAAAAAAAUGAAAUUGGCUUUUAAUAAUCUGGACAAAAAUAGUGAUGGAGUAAUAGAUGCUUCGGAAGUCGUUGCUGCUGUGAAAUCAUUGGGAAUACAUAUUUCUGAGUCUCAGGCAAAUAGCAUUCUGAAAAGCAUUGAUAGUGAUGGGUCAAUGACAAUAGACUGGGAUGAAUGGAGAGACUAUUUCUUCCUCCAUCCUGCAAAAAAUAUCAAUGAAAUUGUUCGUUUCUGGAAGCGUUCAACUGUAGUCGACAUAGGAGAGAGUAUAGCUAUUCCAGAUGAGUUUACGGAAGAAGAGAAGAAGUCUGGAGACUGGUGGAAGCGGCUGGUGGCCGCGGGAAUAGCUAGCGCGGUUGCUCGCACGUGCACAGCGCCCCUGGACCGCCUGAAAAUCAUGAUGCAGGUUCAUAGUUUAAAGACCAGGAAAAUGAGUUUGAAUACUGGGUUUAAGCUGAUGGUCAAAGAAGGAGGAAUUUUUUCUCUUUGGCGAGGAAAUGGUGUCAAUGUUUUUAAAAUUGCACCAGAAACAUCACUGAAGAUUGGGGCCUAUGAACAGUAUAAGAAAUCACUUAGUUUUGAUGGUGCUCAAAUAGGAGUUCUUCAAAGAUUUAUAGCUGGAUCAUUGGCUGGUGCAACUGCCCAAACCUGUAUUUACCCUAUAGAGGUAAUAAAAACCAGAUUGGCUGUAGGUACAACCGGAGAGUAUUCUGGGGUUGUUGAUUGUGCCAGGAAGCUUCUGAAACAAGAGGGCAUCCGAACCUUUUUCAAAGGUUAUGUUCCUAACUUGCUGGGCAUCGUACCCUAUGCAGGCAUAGAUCUUGCUGUUUAUGAGAUCUUGAAGAAUUACUGGCUAGAACAUUUUUCAGGGAACUCUGUGAACCCUGGGAUACUGAUUUUGCUGGCCUGUAGUACAGUGUCCCAUUCCUGUGGCCAGCUUGCCAGUUUCCCCUUGAACCUCGUUAGAACACGCAUGCAGGCUGAAGAUAUCUGAUCACCUCCAUCUUCUUCAGCAGCUGAAGACUGUUUAUCCCUCCAGACAUUUUUUAGUAGGAAAGGUGCAAGUCAACUCUGCACUGCUUCUCUCUUAUUUGGCCAAGAGAAGCUCAUGUAUGUGCUGUGUUUUGCUUCUACAAGCUGGGAGCAUGAUUUGCCCAAGGCUGCAGUGUUGCUUUCUCUAUUCAUUGAGAGAAAAGUUACCUAACACUUCUUAAUUAUAUCCAUUGCUCCAAAGCCUUGGCACUGCCUUAAGCUUUCCAGGUACUCUCACAGAAACUUUCUGCUUCAGGCUGAAGGCACGCUGGCAACCCUUCCUAGUGGGAGGAGCUGGGGAGCGCUCAAUGUGGGACUCAGAACAGCCGUGGUCUCCAAAAACUCUUUUCUUAUACAAUAAUGUUUUUUUACUUGCAUUGUGGGUGAAAAUUUCGAGUCAUAAAAUUGACUUUCAGUCACCUUUGAAAAUAUUGCCCCAUGGUCCUAUCUCAAUUUUUAAAUGAGAUAUUUACUGUCUAAACUCUGUUAACUGCCAGUUCUGUAUUUAUUUUCUUUCUUUUUUUCUUUUUUUGGUUUUUCGAGGUAGGGUCUCACUCUAGCCCAGGCUGACCUGGAAUUCACUAUGGAGUCUCAGGGUGGCCUCAAACUCAUGGCAAUCCUCCUACCUCUGCC